AUGAGCAUCCUGGCCCUGGUGCUGCUGCCCUUCCUGGCGCUGUUGGCCUGCCAGGGUGCCGUGGUCACUCCCUGGACACACAAACUGCAGACCAACAUGCUGAGGGAGAGCAUCAGGCGGCUGCAGCAGCUCCAGCACUCACAGGUUUCCUGUAACGAGAUGAACGUGACCGAUAUUUUUGCAGACAAGAAGCAAGGUGACACCAUGGAGCUCCUGUGCAAAGCUGCCACCGUGGCUCGGGAAGGCUGCAGCUGCCACAGGCACCUCGAGGGCAUUUACUUCAACCUGCUGGGCCUGCUCCGGGGGCACAGGCUGGAGCACCAGGCACCGUGUCCUGUGGCAGCAGGCAGCACCACCUCACUGAGGAGCUUCCUCCAGGAAUUACACCAAGUCCUUCAAGAACAAUACAAGAGUCAGAAGUGA